CCAGCCUCUGUCUGUCCCACUACAUGGUAUCAGAUACCUAGUUCAUUCCCGAUCCAACAUCUCGCUUCCGCCUCCCUCCAUGGACUUCUCCGAUCUGACCUCCGGCGCCUCGGACACCAAUCCGUUCACCACACCACCCAGCCUUCUCUCUGUUCCCCUCUCUACCAUUCUCACCCUCAACAUCCAUGGCCAGAUCCCCGUCACCCUCCACCUCAAUCCUCCAAACUUCAAACUCUGGUGCUCCUUCUUCUAUUCUCUCUUCAUGUCGUACGGCAUCUCCGAUCACAUCGACGGAACAGUCAUCGCCAAAAGUCGUCGUCAUGAUGUCGCCUGGACCCAGGUCGACUGGUGCACCGUGGGUUGGCUGUACACCAUGAUCUCCGCGGAGCUUCAAGGUAUGGUUCCGCAAGACCACCCCUCUGCCUACACUCUCUGGACAGCCAUCUGCAGCCUUUUUCUAGACAACCGCACCCAGCACGGCCUCAUCGCCCUCGAGGAGUUCCAUUCCCUUCGCCAAGAGCAUCUCUCCGUCAUGGAGUACUUCACCCGCCUGCAAACGCUGGCCGACACGCUCCGCGACUGUGACAUGGGCGUCACGGAUCGCGGCCUCGUCUCCAACAUGCUGCGUGGCCUCUCCAACAAGUUCAGCCACGCCAUCUCCACCAUGACGUACGACGAGACGAAGCUCCCGACGUUCCUCCAGGCGCGCUCUUAUCUUCUCCAGGAGGAGCGGCGCAUCGAUCGCGCCGCGGCUCACGAGCCGGCCACCGCUCUCCACGCCGCGGCUCGCGCUCCCGCCGCGCCCGCGCCCACCGCGGCGCCGCCACCAGCUCCUGCCCCUCCCGCCCCCAGCUCCUCCAACGGCGGUCACCGUGGCCGCAAGCGCCGCAAGGGUGGCAACGGCGGCCCCGGCGGUGCAGGCGGCAUCGCUGGUUAUGGCGCGGCCUCUGGCCCUGGCGGGGCUGGCGGAUCUGCUCCCGGCUUCUUCCCCAACACCGGCCCCCCUUCCGGUGCCGGCGCGCGCUCUCCGUCGUCCUGGUACCCCGGGUUCAACCCCUGGACCGGCACUUUUCAAGCCUGGCCGGUGAUGCCGCGCCCGCCCGGUGCCAGAGUGCUCGGCCCCCGCCCCGCCGCCCAGGGUCUUCUCGCCUCCACUGGCCCUGGCGCCUCGACCACACCUUCUGGCGCCUCCUGGGACAUGUCAUCGCUCUAGACUGCCCUCAUGUCGAUGCCGCAGCCCUAUUCUGGCGGUGGGGACUGGUUCUUCGACACAUGGACUACCUCCCAUAUGGCCGUUGACCCCGGAUCUCAUUUCCGGGACGGUGCUCCUCCGAUGUAACAGCUCUGGUGAUCUGUACCCACUCCGUCCCACCGCCGAUGUCCAGCAGCCUCAUGCCUUGCUUGCCGCCGUCUCCACCGAUUUGUGGCAUCAGCGACUCGGACAUCCUGAACGUGCUGCGCUCUCUACAAUAACUUCAUCCUUUGAUUUUCAAUGUAAUAAAACGCAGGCACAUACUUGUCAUGCCUGCCAGA